AGAAAAUUACACGUUGGCAUCGCAUUCUCAUGCGCACACGUCAGUCAAGUGAGUACAGCCUCAAACCACCACACACAGACAUUGACGCUGCCUGGGCACAGAAGCUUACGAGGCGCUUGGAGCAAGUUCUUCAUGUGCAUCCGGAGAAGUACCAGCAUGCCGACCGACUCAGUCGCUCUCGGAAUGACACAUCCAGUGAGAAGGAACGCAGUUCCAGCGCCGAUUACACACAACCUCCAAUUAUGGACAUGGAGGAAGCGAAUGGGAAUCUUCUGAAUGAUGACACUAGAAAUAUCAGUCCUCAGCGAGGGACACCGGCUAGUGAUGACAGGGUAAGCAGUAGCGAUCUUAUCACCAUCAAUGUCGCCGGAUUGCGAUUUCAAACCUUCGAAAAAACGUUAGCAAGAUUCCCUAAUACCCUACUCGGCAAUAAAGCAAAACGAGAAAAAUAUUAUGUGCAGGAUUCAAACGAGUAUUUUUUCGACCGACAUCGAUCAGCGUUUGAGUCCAUACUAUACAUUUACCAGAGCGGUGGAAGGGUCAAGCGACCGGAAUCGAUACCUAUUGAUGUAUUUCUUAGGGAAAUGCGAUUUUUUCAGAUGGGCGAUCAUCUCGUAGAAGAAUUUUGGAUCUCUGAAGGUUAUGAAAAACCAACAGAAGCCAUCAUGCCCACAAACAAAUCACAGCGAAGAUUAUGGGAACUAAUGGAAUAUCCAGACAGCUCCUUAGCCGCUCGAAUUGUUGCAUUUAUCUCAAUAGCAGUUAUUGUAAUUUCAAUCGUUUCAUUUUGCUGGGAAACAGUGCCAACUGGUGACUUACAUCUCAGCACUUUGGACCUCUUGACGCCAUUGCCAUUUAAUGGUACAGAAAAAGAGGAAGGCCGAAGUUUCUCGAAUCCCUUUUUCUGGCUCGAGUUCUUCUGUAUAAUAUGGUUCACUUUUGAAUUGACACUACGCUUCAUCAGUUGUCCGUCCAAAGUGACAUUCUUAACGUCAUUCCUAAACAUAAUUGAUUUCGUUGCUAUCGCCCCGUUUUUUGUAAAUUUGAUAUGGGCUGAUGCAACCAAAUCGAACUCUUCGAUGUCGUUUGCUGUUCUCCGAGUGCUUCGAUUAGUGCGGGUGUUUCGGAUAUUCAAGCUGAGCAGGCACUCAGUCGGACUGCAGAUCCUCGGAAAAACAUUCCGAGCUUCAGUACAAGAAUUUUGCUUGCUCAUCUUCUUCAUGGUGAUCGCACUGGUUCUCUUCGCCUCGGGCAUGUACUUCGCGGAGCAAGGCGAACCCAACUCGAAGUUUACCUCGAUACCAGCGUCAUUCUGGUUUGUGCUGGUGACAAUGACAACAGUCGGAUAUGGAGAUCUGGUACCACUCAGCCCUCAAGGAAAAAUCGUCGGCUCAAUGUGUGCUUUGAUAGGAGUGCUGACUCUUGCUCUUCCCGUGCCUAUCAUCGUGGCGAACUUCAAACACUUCUACCGGCAAGAAAAUCGUCUAGCCACAAUGCGUACAGCUGGUAAAGACACAGAAGAUUUGGAGAGCGCGAAGGGUGCAGUAUUGAUACUACCAGCAGCAACAGCGACCAGGACCGCAAAGACUCCUUUUGUGGACUUCCAGACGACAUUCCUACUCCACAAAUUCACCAUCUGUUCCUGCCCGGUCGUAGCGGUAGCACUGUUCACAGCAGCAAAUCAGUCUUUUUCUGAAUCUUCGCUGUCAGUUUUCUACCCAUGAGACCAUUGCUUUCCUUUGUUUGUACUUUCGUCUCAGGUCUUUACAAAACAGUGGUCCUCAGCUGUGCCGCCGUCCCAUAUACUAUGUUUGAAGACAUACAUUUCUCGGUGUUUACUUUCUACUUCUCUUCCCCCAAUUACUUGUUACACUAUCGGGUCUUGACUACUUUAUCAUACAGUGUUUCUCUUGAAGAUAAUUUAUUUUGUACAUGAUGUAAAAAGAUCAUCGAUAUCCUGACUGUGAUAAUUAUAACCAUCAUCAUUAUGCUGAUAAACAA